AAUUUUAUAAUUAUUUUAAUAGAAAAUAUAAUAUAUGUUUAGAUGACGCAAUUUAUUUCUCUAAAAAUUCUAAAAAUCAUUUUAAUAAUGAUAUAUAUCAUAACUAAAAUGUUGUAAUGUUUCUAAAAUAAAUAGGGAUUACUUUAUACUCAUUUAUAGUGGAUAAAACUUGGGCUUGUUAAAUAUUGGGUUUUGGUGUAUACAAAAAAUGUUCUUAGUUAUCAUUUUAGAAAACAUUAUGAUUGUAAUUUGAGGUUCUUUGUUGUUGUUGGGUUGUCUUGUUUAGAGAACUAUGUAACUAAACUUUUCAAAACAUGGUUAUCUUAGAUAAGGAUUUUAAAAUUCAUUUUCUAAAAUAUUUAGACAGAAAUCUUUUAACGAUUUCUUUCAGUAUUUGAAAUAUUUUUCCUUUCCGGUUAUCUUAAUUAUAGAUUUUUUUAUUCAUUUGGAACUAUUUAUAUAUGUGUAUCUCAGUUUAGUCUUAAUCAUAUCUCUAAGGUUCCCUUUCUCCUCAGACGCUGUCAUGUCUCAAAUCAUCGAGCACAUCGUCGUUUUCAAGGUCAAAGACAAUGUCGACUCCGACAAGAUUGAAGCCAUGGCCAACGACCUCAAGAACCUCGGCACCAUCGACCAAGCGCUUUACCUCUCCGCCGGUCCUAUCCAACGUCUCAUAUCCCCCCUGGGCUUCACACACGUCCUUCAUAGCCGGGAAGAUCUCAACGCGUACGUGGCACAUCCUGUUCACCUUCGCGCUGUCGAGGAAUGGAUGCCUAUCUGGGAAGACGUCAUGGCCUUUGAUUAUAUCGCCGAUAUAGUCCCCGGGAGCCUAACACCACCUCCAGGAUCCGUUGGGAAGAUCACGUUACUCAAGGUGAAAGAGAACCUCUCAGACGAGGCGAAGAUGGAGAUCAUGGAUGUGGUUAAGGAGAAGUCUGCAGGAGCUGAUCAGAUCACAGUGGGACUGGGAGAAACCUUCUCUCCGGUUAAUGCAAAGGGUUUCUCGAUUGCAUCGGUUGCGUAUCUGAAGGUUCUGGGAGAAACUGAGACUCUCCAGGACUUGGUGAAGGAAAAGGUUGGUGAUUAUGUCGAUGGUACCAUUGUUGUUGAGUUCGUUGUACCUUUGUCCUCAUAAGUCUCUGUGAAAAAAAAAGAGCUCAAGUUUCAAUUACUUGAAGCCUUUGUUACUGUCGAAUAAUAAUGUUUCAGAAACUUUGGACCAUGCAAUGCCUUCCAUUUUCUUUAUUUGAGAUUUAAUUCAAAAUAUGAUUAUUGCAGUUUUAAGAUAACUUGACCAGCCUACCGAAUUAAUUCUAAAUCUUAUUUAGAAUGCUGGUUUUGUUUGUUUAAGUGUUAACAAGAUGCAGGACACAUAGCUUCAGACUUCAGUGAUCUGAUUCGGGACAUAUUUUGUUUAGAAAUAAGAUGUGGAACAAUGAUCAACUUGAAGCAACAUGCACGACCUAUAACCCACAUGUUAGGAUGUCAAAUGGGUUGUUUUUUUUUUCUUCAAACAGCUAUUCUAUUACACAAGAUUGAGGUUGUCAGAACAACCAAUAUAAUACAAUUCCUUAUGGAAAGAUCUUGCUAUCUUAGCUAAUAAAUCACACUAUACAUUUUCCGAACGAGGAACAAAGACAAUCAAUAACUCUGUGAAUCUGAUUUUCAACUUCAUAAACUCCUCCAA